GCAUCUUCUUCUUCAUUUACUCGAGGCUUAUAAAAAAACUUCUCCUGGUUCAAGCCAAAAAUGGUCAUUUGUAUGAGUCUUGUGUUCUUACUUCUUAGUGUCAUUUGUAUAAUGGUUUUCAAGCCAAGCUGCUGAAAUCUCAACAAAGAGAUUUGGGCAGUUCCUCGUCUAAAAAAAACACAGCAUCGACACAUGCAGAAAAUUCGUUUGUCACUGCAUUGUAGCAACUGAAUGGGUUUACCGGUGCGCAUCCCUACUUCAUAUACAUAACUACAUGAAACUCCUUAACCAUUAACCAUUAGCAUGGCUGAUUGCGACGAAGAAGAAUCAGGAGGUUUGUCGGUAACAAGUAACAACAAUAAUCAAGUCGAGACCACGGCUAUGAGGAAGCUUCAUAUCCAGUGCUUGUCGUCAUACAAAGACUAAAAAAUCAACCAAUCAGCAUUCAAAAAUCUGUGAAAGUUUCCCCCCGAUGUCUUUAGUGUUUAUAUAAGUAAAUUAGAACUCUUUUA